AUGGCUGUUGGUAAGAAUAAGAGACUAUCCAAGGGUAAGAAAGGUCUAAAGAAGAAGGUUGUUGACCCAUUCGCCAGAAAGGAAUGGUACGACAUCAAGGCCCCAACCACUUUUGAAAACAGAAACGUUGGUAAGACCUUAGUUAACAAGUCCACUGGUUUAAAGAACGCUGCUGACGCCUUAAAAGGUAGAGUUGUUGAAGUUUGUUUAGCUGAUUUACAAGGUUCUGAAGACCACUCCUUCAGAAAAGUUAAAUUAAGAGUUGAUGAAGUUCAAGGUAAGAAUUUAUUAACCAAUUUCCACGGUCUUGAUUUCACCACUGACAAAGUUAGAUCCAUGGUUAGAAAGUGGCAAACUUUAAUUGAAGCCAAUGUCACCGUUAAGACUUCCGACGACUACGUCUUAAGAGUCUUCGCCAUUGCCUUCACCAGAAAGCAAGCUAACCAAGUCAAGAGAACCGCUUACGCUCAAUCCUCUCACAUUAGAGCCAUCAGAAAGGUCAUCUCUGAAAUCUUAACCAGAGAAGUUCAAAACUCUACUUUAGCUCAAUUUACCUCCAAGUUGAUUCCAGAAGUCAUUAACAAGGAAAUUGAAAACGCUACCAAAGACAUCUUCCCAUUACAAAACGUCCACAUCAGAAAGGUCAAAUUAUUGAAACAACCAAAAUUCGACUUAGGUGCUUUGAUGGCUUUACACGGUGAAGGUUCUACUGAAGAAAAGGGUAAGAAGGUUUCCGGUUUCAAGGAUGAAAUCUUAGAAACUGUUUAA